GUAGCCCUCUGUGCCAGUAUGACAGGUGAAAAGCUGCCCCCUCUAGUUAUAGGGAAAUGCCAAAAGCCAAGGUGCUUUAACAGAGUUGACCCAAAUACUCUACCAGUUGUUUAUAAAUUUAACAAAAAGGCAUGGAUGACAUCCUACAUCAUGGAAGAAUGGUUGAAGUCACUUAACAGAAAAAUGGUCUGCCAGAAAAGAAAAAUUUUAUUAUUCCUUGACAACGCUCCAUCACACCAAAAAAUCAAUCUAUCCAACAUUAAACUUCAGUUUUUUCCAGCAAACACUACAUCAAAAUUACAGCCAAUGGACCAGGGUAUUACUCAGUGUCUAAAACUGAAAUUCAGAAAGCGUCAACUUAAAAAAAUGGUCCAAGAAAUGGACCAUAGCUCAAAAUGUGGAUCUGAAAUUUUGAAAAAAAAUUCCUUGCUAGAUGCCAUCUAUUGGAUAGACAGAAGUUGGAAAGAGGUUGAGACACCAACUAUUGUGAAAUGCUUCAAAAACUGUGUUUUUUUUGAUAAACAAAUUGCUGCAUGUAUGCCUACUUCAGAAGUGAAUGUGGAUGAUGAUGAUGAUGAUGAUGAAGAUGAUGAUGUCCCCCUUGCUGUCCUACAGCUGUCAAGAGAAAUUUUUGGUUGUGAAUUCUUGGAAUUAACUAGGAUAGAUGCCUGCGUAGAAACAUGUGACAACAGAGAACAGGACUGGGACAAGCCAGCUUCAGAAAUCAUCGAGGAAAUGAAUGAAGAGGAAGAGGAGGAACAAGAGGAAGAAGAGAGUGAAGAGUAUGAGUCUGUGAUCUGUCGACAAAAAUUCUGUGAGCAUGUUGAAGAAAUGAAAAUGUAUGCAAGUGUUCAUGGGCAUGAUAAGAUUUUGGAAAAACUUGUACAUAUUGAUGAGAUGAUGACAGAGGACUACAUUAAGUGCAAAUCUGGAGUUCAAACAAAAAUAAGUGACUUUUUCAAAAAUUAA